AUGGACGCGGCAGAUGAGCGAAUAAACGGGGAGAAACACUACCUAACAGUGGGGUCCGUCACAAGAAAGGACGCACCUGUAGACCAGCUUUUAGAGGAUAGUAUGAAGGAUGACGAAGAUCACGCAGCUGAGGCUCCGGCGACCUGGAAGUAUCCCAGCCCUCGUGACUCCUUCGUAUGGCAUGACAGUCGUCACUCGAGGAGCCAGCCAACAUUGGACUGA